AUGGGUGACGUCGCUCACUUCAACGCAGAUGACGCCCUGAAUGACCUGCAGAAAACCGCCGACCAAUGCAGUCAGCAGCACACAGCACAGAGCACCGCAGAUCUUCCCAUCCUGAUGCAUGGUGCGUUGUGGGGUUCGUGGUGUGUCGUUCCCUUCAGAUGCGGAACUUCAGAUGCUAGCCAAGAAGGUCAUCGAGCAGGAUGUGAUGAUAGACGCCACCAAGGCCGCCCUCAAGCGCCUCGCUGCCCGCCUGACGAGGUUGGGUGUGCGUCAGGGUGCCGGCGGGAACGAGAACGACCAUGCGUACGUCAAGGGCAUGAAUGAGCUGCUGGAGGGGCGGCAGGACGAUCCCAUGGGUGAGGAUGCUGACGUGUUUGUCGACGUUGCUGAGUUUGCGGACAAGUGCCCCAUCACACAAGGCGAGAAGAGGAGGAAUGAGGCGUGUGUUCUGUAUGUAUCUCAUUCUCUCUUGUGCGUCUGUCUACUUGCCGUGUCCCUCUCAGAGCCAUUUGAGCAUCCCGUCCAUCAAGGUGCACACGCAGCAACACACUAAAGGCCCACCGUCGCCGAGCCACCCAUCCCCCCUUCCCUCGCUCCCCGUGUGUGUCUGCAGUUGUGCCCCCGAACGCUCCCGUCCCCGCCCAUCCCCCCUGCACACACACCUUCGAGCGCCACGCCAUCCUCCAGCUGUUCGCCACAAGCCCCCGCAUCGAGUGCCCAGUUCACGGCUGCAGCCGGUGGGUGAUCCGGGCCUUCCUGCGGGACAACGAGCUGCUGAAGCGACACCUGCAGGCACAGAGGGAGGAGGGUGCGGCCGGGGGAGGGGGAGGGGCCGCUGCUGCGGCGGCGGCUGCAGCAGCUGGUGGUGAUGGCGAUGGUCAUGGUGGUGAUGGGGACGAGAUGGACUUCACGGGGCAGGAUGACGAGCAGCGUCAGGAUGGCAUGAAGGAGGAGGACGAGUGGAAAACUCCCAGGAGCAGGGAAGUCAAGCGGGAGGAGCCAGACGACGUAGAUGUUGAUAUGGCGGGAUGAGCAAAGUGGUGGAUGGGGUGGGAUAGGUGUGUCUGCGUGUUUGACCUGUGAACAGUGUCGACAACCUCUGCCUGUCGUGAGACUUUGUCUGUCGGCCAGGACGCUCCUCACAUUCCCUGCAGAAAUGGAGCAUGUGAGAAACGUCGGGGCUGAGCGACAAGGUCUCAAGACAGCGGGGGCGUGACGUGCCAUGUGAAGAUUCUCACGCUCCGGCUAUGAAUCCAACAGUCAGUGUGUCAUGACAAA